AUGGGCAAUUACAAGUUUAAAUUAUCAGAUAUGAUGCCGAAUGCCUGGUUCUACAAACUAAGAGACAUGAGCAAGCCCAAGAAGACUCAUCCAGUCAGAAAAAGCCUCCCUUCUUACCCUCAAAGGCCAAGUCUUUCUAACCCAAGACAUGCAUCAUUCUAUCAUGAAUCUCAACCCGAUCAACUAACCACCAUUGACAAAUUCUGCACUCCCCCCAAAUUCAUCAACACCCAUUUCCCGAAAUCAUCAUCCAAGAGGAAAUCCAUUUACAACCCAUCUCCCAAGCUCUCAUUAACUCACUGUAACUGCCGGCUCAACUCACCCCGCCCGCCGGAACCCUCUUUCUCCUCCCCAGACGACCCACAAUUCUAUGGCUCACACAGUUGCAGAAUUACAGCUUCCUCCACCGACAUAAUCAUCGACGUGAAUAAUGGGAAAUCAUUUUCCAGGAAAAUUGAUAAGUUCCAAUAUCAUGAUCAACCCCAUUCCAUUCCAGAGCUCACUCCUAUCCUGACUAAACCCAUCAAGCCCGAGGUAAUAAUUUCCAGCGAAUUACAACAGGGGAUCAGAGAUGACCAGACAAGGAAGAAGAAUAAAACAAAGAAGAAGAAGCGGAUCUCCAGUCGUUCCACGAUGGGAAUUAAACUGAGGACUAAUUCUCCAAGAAUCUCGAGCAAGAAAAUCAAUCAUAUAUUGGACGAGGGAGGUAGAAGGACCAGUGUUUCUUCUGGCAAGAAGCAAAACUUGUGCAAGAGUUUUGCCAUUGUUAAGUCAUCUUUUGACCCACAGACAGACUUUAAGGAUUCGAUGGUGGAGAUGAUCAUAGAGAACAACAUAAGGGCAUCCAAGGAUUUGGAAGAGCUAUUGUCUCUCUAUUUAUCUCUUAAUUCAGAUGAAUAUCAUGACCUCAUUGUCAAGGCCUUUGAGCAAAUCUGGUUUGACAUGUCUCAUCUUCGCUUGUAG